UAACCACCGAAGACAACGUCAACCCCAUCAACUCGACUUUCUGUCUCACUUGUACGCACUUUACGUAGUAACCUUAAAAGAGGUCACCUUUUGCUGUUGUCGGAAGUUUCUCUCCGGAGCGGUAUUCAGAAGCAUCGCAGGCAUGGAGUUAACAGCAGCGUUGGUGAAGUUUCAGUUGGACCACUUGCAUCUCUUGUUUGCUCUUGUUUGCCUCGUCGCCGUCGUCUACAAGUUGAGCACUUUGCUUGCUAAAAGAGCUCACACCCUGCGAGUUACUGAGGCUUUUCCAGGACCGCAGAGACACUGGCUUUUUGGGAAUUUAUUGGCGUUCACAGAAGGGAAGGAAUUUGAAAACGUUGUGAAAUGGACCAAGAAGUAUCCGUACAUGUUCCCAGUGUGGUUGGGUCCCUUUGUCUGUUCCUUCACCAUCAACCAUCCUGAUUAUGUAAAAACCAUUCUUUCAUCAUCAGAGCCAAAGGAUGAUUUUGCAUAUAAAUUCCUUUUGUCCUGGAUCGGGGAUGGGCUUUUGACAUCAAAAGGUCAGAAGUGGUUUCGGCACAGAAGGCUCCUGACCCCAGGUUUCCAUUAUGAUGUUCUAAAACCAUACGUCAAACUGAUGUCAGAUUCUGCCAAAACUAUGUUGGACAAAUGGGAAAGUUAUGCAACCACCAACAAGUCUUUUGAAUUGUUUGAACAUGUGAGCCUGAUGACACUGGACUCCAUUAUGAAGUGUGCCUUCAGUUAUGACAGCAACUGUCAACUGCAGAGUGGAAAAAAUCAAUACAUCAAUGCAGUGUACGAGCUAAGCAUUAUAAUAAACCAGCGUGUUCGUACGUUUCCCUACCACAACGAUCUGAUUUUCUACUUGAGCCCACUUGGAUACAGAUACAGAAAAGCCUGCAAAGUGGCUCACAGUCACACAGCGGAGGUCAUACGAAAGAGGAAAGAAGCACUGAAAAAUGAGAAGGACCUAGAGAGCAUUAAGAAAAAGAGGCACUUGGAUUUCCUGGACAUCCUCCUUCAAGCAAAAGAUGAGAAGCAGCAGGGUUUGUCAGAUGAAGAUAUGCGAGCAGAGGUGGACACCUUCAUGUUUGAGGGCCAUGACACCACAGCUAGUGGCCUCUCUUUCAUCCUCUACAGUCUGGCCUGCCACCCGGAGCACCAGAAGUUGUGCAGGGAAGAAAUCAAUCAAGUCCUGGAUGGAAAGGACACCAUAGAGUGGGAGGAUCUCAGUAAAAUCCCAUACACUACCAUGUGUAUAAAGGAGUCCCUCCGUCUCUACCCUCCUGUUCCAGGAAUUUCCAGAAAAAUCACCAAACCUUUAACUUUCUUUGAUGGAAGGACUUUGCCAGCAGGUACUCAGGUCGGAACGAGUGUGUUUGGGAUUCACAGGAACGCAACCGUUUGGGAAAACCCUGAUGUCUAUGAUCCACUACGUUUCCUACCAGAGAAUGUUUCCAAGAGAUCACCUCAUGCGUUUGUGCCUUUCUCAGCUGGACCAAGAAACUGCAUUGGUCAGAACUUCGCCAUGAAUGAGAUGAAAGUAGUGACAGCAAUGACACUAAAGAGAUACCAUCUGAUUGAGGACACAACUACAAAACCCAUGAUCCUUCCCAGACUGGUGCUUCGCUCUCUCAACGGCAUCCACAUCAAGAUCAAACCGGUGGAUCCAGGGGAAUAAAGAGAAAUAACCACAGGAAAUACUAAUGGAAACACUGUACACUAUUCAGAAAGGGAAAUUUUUGAGAAGCUAUAAUGAUUUCUCGCAUUUUUAAAGAUUUUGCACUGACAUAAAAUCAGAAACAGAUAAUGAAAACAAAUUGAAAUAAACCAUGCCUUUGUAUUGAUUGUCAUUUUCUUACACCAGCACAGCCUUUAAAGUAGCACUUUAUUUUUGUGAAGAAAUUUGAGCUCCAGAACAUUGUUCUUGGAAAUUGGCAGUUAUUGAGCUUGUAAUAAAUCUUUGGGGAAAAAAAGAACUUUCUUUCCAUUG